GAUAAAUGCUAUUAGAGCAGCCGCCGCGGAGCCGUCCCCGACGCCACCUCCUUCUUCUCCGCCGCAGUUUCCUCCGCCGCUGUCGGGGGUGCGGAGCUGGGGGAACAGGGCGAGCGCGCCACGCGCCACCCAGCCGGCUCGCCUCCCUCGCUCGGUUCCGCCCUCAGGGUCGGCCGGGCGCCCCCUCCUCCGGCCGGGCGGGGCCGCGAAUCACCUCAGGAGAGCGAGGAGGGGGCUCGGGGGCCGCGGCCUGCGCUCCGGGCGGGCGGUUGAGGGCGAAGGAGGGCCUCCCUUCUGACGAGGGGAGGGAGAGUUGGUAGCCCCCCGCCGCCCACCGCAGCCCGGGCGGGCGCCGGCAGCUGGAGGGGCGGUUGUCUGGGGGAGGGGGCGCGGGGUGAUUCAGCGCCCGGGGAGGCGGAAGCGGCCGGAGGCGGAGGGGAGAGGCCCGGUCCGCGCCUGGGCGCCCGGGGUGGCACGAGCCCGCGGCCCGAGUGCGAGGCGGAGGCCAGGAGGCCGCGGGCACGGGAGGCGAGGCCGGCCGGGCCCCCGCAGCCAUGGAGAACGCGCACACAAAGACGGUGGAGGAGGUGCUGGGCCACUUCGGCGUCAACGAGAGCACGGGGCUGAGCCUGGAGCAGGUCAAGAAGCUCAAGGAGAGAUGGGGCUCCAACGAGUUACCGGCUGAAGAAGGGAAAACCUUGCUGGAACUUGUGAUUGAGCAGUUUGAAGACUUACUAGUUAGAAUUUUAUUGCUGGCAGCAUGUAUAUCUUUUGUUUUGGCUUGGUUUGAAGAAGGUGAAGAAACAAUUACAGCCUUUGUAGAACCCUUUGUAAUUUUACUUAUAUUAGUAGCAAAUGCAAUUGUGGGUGUAUGGCAGGAAAGAAAUGCUGAAAAUGCAAUCGAAGCCCUUAAGGAGUAUGAGCCUGAAAUGGGCAAGGUAUAUCGACAGGACAGAAAGAGUGUACAGCGGAUUAAAGCUAAGGACAUAGUUCCUGGUGAUAUUGUAGAAAUUGCUGUUGGUGACAAAGUUCCUGCUGAUAUAAGAUUAACUUCCAUCAAAUCUACUACUCUAAGAGUUGACCAGUCAAUUCUCACAGGUGAAUCUGUCUCUGUCAUCAAGCACACUGACCCUGUCCCUGACCCACGGGCUGUCAACCAAGAUAAGAAGAACAUGCUCUUUUCUGGCACAAACAUUGCUGCUGGCAAAGCUAUGGGAGUGGUUGUGGCAACUGGAGUUAACACUGAAAUUGGCAAGAUCCGGGAUGAAAUGGUGGCAACGGAACAGGAGAGAACACCUCUCCAGCAGAAACUAGAUGAGUUUGGGGAACAGCUUUCCAAAGUCAUCUCCCUUAUUUGCAUUGCAGUCUGGAUCAUAAACAUUGGGCACUUCAAUGACCCAGUUCAUGGAGGCUCCUGGAUCAGAGGUGCUAUUUACUACUUUAAAAUUGCAGUGGCCCUGGCUGUAGCAGCCAUUCCUGAAGGUCUACCUGCUGUCAUCACCACCUGCCUGGCUCUUGGAACUCGCAGAAUGGCAAAGAAAAAUGCCAUUGUUCGAAGCCUCCCCUCAGUAGAAACCCUUGGUUGUACUUCUGUUAUCUGCUCAGACAAGACUGGUACACUUACAACAAACCAGAUGUCAGUCUGCAGGAUGUUCAUUCUGGACAAAGUUGAAGGUGAUACUUGUUCCCUUAACGAGUUUACCAUAACUGGAUCAACAUAUGCACCUAUUGGAGAAGUGCAUAAAGAUGAUAAACCAGUGAAAUGUCAUCAAUAUGAUGGUCUUGUAGAAUUGGCAACAAUUUGUGCUCUUUGUAAUGACUCUGCUUUGGAUUACAAUGAGGCAAAGGGUGUAUAUGAAAAAGUUGGAGAAGCUACAGAGACGGCUCUCACUUGCCUGGUAGAGAAGAUGAAUGUAUUUGAUACCGAAUUGAAAGGUCUUUCUAAAAUAGAACGAGCAAAUGCCUGCAACUCGGUCAUUAAACAGUUAAUGAAAAAAGAAUUUACUCUAGAGUUUUCACGUGAUAGAAAAUCAAUGUCAGUUUAUUGUACACCAAACAAACCGAGCCGGACAUCGAUGAGCAAAAUGUUUGUGAAGGGUGCUCCCGAAGGUGUCAUCGAUAGGUGCACCCACAUUCGAGUUGGAAGUACUAAAGUUCCUAUGAUCCCUGGAGUCAAACAGAAGAUCAUGUCUGUUAUUCGGGAAUGGGGGAGUGGCAGCGACACACUGCGAUGCCUGGCUCUGGCCACUCAUGACAACCCACUGAGAAGAGAAGAAAUGAACCUGGAGGACUCUGCCAACUUUAUUAAAUAUGAGACCAAUCUGACUUUCGUUGGCUGUGUGGGCAUGCUGGACCCUCCAAGAAUUGAAGUGGCCUCUUCUGUGAAGCUGUGCCGGCAAGCAGGCAUCCGGGUCAUCAUGAUCACGGGGGACAACAAGGGCACCGCUGUGGCCAUCUGUCGCCGCAUUGGCAUCUUCAGGCAGGACGAGGAUGUGACGUCAAAGGCUUUUACAGGUCGGGAGUUUGAUGAGCUCAGUCCUUCAGCCCAGAGAGAUGCCUGCUUGAAUGCCCGCUGUUUUGCUCGAGUUGAACCUUCCCACAAGUCUAAAAUUGUAGAGUUUCUUCAGUCUUUUGAUGAGAUUACAGCUAUGACUGGGGAUGGUGUGAAUGAUGCUCCUGCCCUGAAGAAAUCCGAGAUCGGCAUUGCCAUGGGCUCUGGCACUGCAGUGGCUAAAACCGCCUCCGAGAUGGUGCUGGCCGACGACAACUUCUCCACCAUCGUGGCUGCGGUGGAGGAGGGCCGGGCCAUCUACAACAACAUGAAGCAGUUCAUCCGCUACCUCAUCUCCUCCAACGUGGGCGAGGUGGUCUGUAUUUUCCUGACAGCAGCCCUUGGAUUUCCUGAGGCUUUAAUUCCUGUCCAGCUGCUCUGGGUCAAUCUGGUGACAGAUGGCCUGCCUGCCACGGCGCUGGGGUUCAACCCUCCCGAUCUAGACAUCAUGAACAAACCACCCCGGAACCCGAAGGAACCACUGAUCAGUGGGUGGCUCUUUUUCCGUUACCUGGCUAUUGGCUGUUACGUCGGCGCUGCUACUGUGGGUGCUGCUGCAUGGUGGUUCAUUGCUGCUGACGGUGGUCCAAGAGUGUCCUUCUACCAGCUGAGUCAUUUCCUACAGUGUAAAGAGGACAACCCAGACUUUGAAGGAGUGGAUUGUGCAGUCUUUGAAUCCCCGUACCCGAUGACAAUGGCACUCUCUGUUCUAGUAACCAUAGAGAUGUGUAAUGCCCUCAACAGCUUGUCUGAAAACCAGUCCCUGCUGAGGAUGCCCCCUUGGGAGAAUAUCUGGCUUGUGGGCUCCAUCUGCCUGUCCAUGUCGCUCCACUUCUUAAUCCUCUAUGUGGAACCCUUGCCUCUUAUCUUCCAGAUCACACCGCUGAAUUUGACCCAGUGGCUGAUGGUGCUGAAAAUCUCCUUGCCUGUGAUUCUAAUGGAUGAGACGCUCAAGUUUGUGGCCCGCAACUACUUGGAACCUGCAAUACUGGAGUAACCGCUUCCUAAACCAUUUUGCAGAAAUAUAAGGGUGUUCGGUUGCGUGCAUGUACGUUUUUAGCAACACAUCUGCCAGCCCUCUGCAUGAUUGAUGUUGGGGGAAACGAAAAGUAGAAAAAAGUCCCCAACUCAUUGUGUGCUAUGUGGAGGAGACGCAUAUUACCAAUGGGGUUUUUAGCUUUUAAAUCAAAAUAAUAAUUAUAAAUGUAUAAUUUAGCUUAAUGAAUCAGAAAGCCUCUCCAGAGAAUUUUGGUUUCUUUGCUGCAAGAAGAAUGAGGUUUUGAAACCUUAUCCAAGAACUUAGAAGCCAUCAGCCAAGGCUCCAUAUUUCUCUGUACAAAAUGUCAUAGUUUAUAUAAAUGUACAAUAUUAAAUUGUAAUGCAUGCCUUCAGUUGUAAGUAGCCAGACUUCUCUGUGGUGUCAUUGAAACAUGCUACUUUUUAAUUGGCCCUGUACAGUUUGCUUAUUUAUAAAUUUAUUGAAAACACUACAGGUGUUAAAUGGUUAAAAUGUAGGCCUUCAGUUCAUAACUUCAGUUAUUUUUCUGAGUGUGCAAACAGCUAUUUUGCACUGUAUUAAAUGUAACUUAUUUAAUGAAAUCAGAAGCAGUAGACAGAUGUUGGUGCAAUACAAAUAUUGUGAUGCAUUUAUCUUAAUAAAAUGCUAAACGUCAACUUAUCACAACGCAUGUUUGACUUUAGACUGUAAAUAGACGUCAGUUGUUUAUUUCUGUGCUGGUAACAAAAAGCAUUGCACAGACAUGGUUUCAGGUAAAUAAAUCUAUUCUACGAUAA